GGCGGCCUUCACUCAAGACAGACGCACAAUUCAUGUUGAGGAAAGAAGGAAGAAGGUGGCGGGGAAGUAUGUUGGAUCAGUGACAACUCUUUCCUUGGGAUAGACCACGUCACACAAAAGCAAUUUCGAACAUUUGUUGCCCUCUUCGUUUCAACAGGGAACGAACUGUGUCAAUUGUUUUUUUGUAUUUUUUUUGGAGUGGGAUUAUCGCAUUGUAACGGAAUUUUGAGGACAGUUCAGGGCAGUUCCAAUAUCUAUUUUGGAUUAUCUUUUUGUUUCUUGGACAUGACUGAAAUCGGCGUGGCUGACACCAGAAACUGAUGAGAAGACCUCCUAAGAGAAGAAGCGUGCUCAAUGAUUCAUUCACAGAACAUGAUUUGAAAGGAGACAUAUUGAGCUUAAAUUGAGCUGAGUCGCUCCAAGACUUUUUCCUAUUUAUUUAUUUUUAUUUAUUGAAUAUGGGGCGCGCUAUUCUUCUGACAGUUGCGGUUAUGCUCGUCUUGAUAUGCAAGGGUUUUUGUUCAGGAGUUUUCGAACUGAAGUUGCAGGAGUUUUUGAACAAGAAAGGGGUUCAGGGCAACAUGAACUGCUGCAAGGGAGGGUUGACGUCGGUUUAUCAGCAACAGUGUGAAUGUAAAACGUUUUUCAGAAUCUGUCUGAAACAUUAUCAGCCAAACGCAUCACCAGAGCCACCUUGCAACUACGGCGGCGCUAUAACGCCUGUUCUUGGGUCAAACUCUUUCCAAGUUCCAGAAGCCAUGUCUGACAGUUCAUUCACCAAUCCCAUCAGAAUUAACUUCGGUUUCACAUGGCCGGGGACGUUCUCGCUGAUCAUUGAAGCUCUGCACACCGACUCCAAAGACGAUCUUUCGAUAGAAAACCCAGACCGUGUUAUCAGCACAAUGACCACGCAGAGACAUCUGACGGUGGGAGAUGACUGGUCUCAGGACCUGCAUACUGGAGGAAGAACCGAGUUGAAGUACUCCUACCGCUUUGUCUGUGAUGAGCACUACUAUGGCGAUGGCUGCUCCGUCUUCUGCCGCCCACGAGACGAUGCCUUCGGCCACUUCACCUGUGGAGAGCGCGGAGAGAUUGUCUGUGACGCCGGGUGGAAAGGCCAUUACUGCACAGAACCUCUCUGCCUUCCAGGAUGUGACGACGAACAUGGCUUUUGUGAGAAGCCUGGGGAGUGCAAGUGCAGAGUGGGUUUCAAAGGGCGGUACUGUGAUGAGUGCAUCCGUUACCCAGGCUGCCUCCACGGGACCUGCCAGCAGCCGUGGCAGUGCAACUGUCAGGAGGGGUGGGGAGGCCUCUUCUGUAACCAAGAUCUGAACUACUGCACUCACCACAAGCCCUGUAUGAAUGGAGCCACUUGUAGCAACACUGGCCAGGGGAGCUACACCUGUUCCUGCAGACCGGGCUUCACUGGGGAUGCUUGUGAGAUUGAAGUCAACGAAUGCACCCUGAACCCCUGUCGAAAUGGAGGAAGCUGCACUGUAACUACUGAUAUGGAGAACACGCAUGCCUGUGCUUGCCCUCCUGGUUUCUACGGCAACACCUGCGAGCUGAGCGCCAUGACUUGCGCCGAUGGUCCCUGCUUCAACGGAGGCCGCUGUGCCGACAACCCUGAUGGCGGAUACUUCUGCCAGUGCCCCACUGGCUACGCUGGCUUCAACUGUGAGAAGAAGAUUGACCACUGCACCUCCAGCCCAUGCUCCAAUGGUGCCCGCUGUGUGGAUCUCGUCAACUCCUACCUGUGCCAGUGUCCCGAUGGCUUCACAGGCAUGAACUGCGACCACACUGGCAACGAGUGCUCCAUCUACCCCUGCCAAAAUGGUGGUACAUGCCAGGAGGGUCUUGACGGCUACACCUGCACCUGCCCCCCGGGCUACACGGGCCGCAACUGCAGUUCUCCCAUAAGCCGCUGCGAGCACAACCCUUGCCACAACAGCGCCACCUGCCACGAGAGGAACAACCGCUAUGUGUGCGCCUGCGUGCCUGGUUACGGUGGCCGCAACUGCCAGUUCCUGCUCCCGGACCAUGCAGCUAUUCGAGGCUCGGAGAUCCCCUGGAUGGCGGUGGGGUCUGGGACAGCUCUGGUGCUGCUUCUGCUAGCAGGGUGUGCAGUGCUGGUUGGCUGCGUCCGCAACAAGGUGCUGCGUGGUAGCCAGGGCGACGCCACCGUCGGCGAAGGCGAGACCAUAAACAACCUGACCAAUAACUGUCACCGGAGUGAUAAGGACCUGUCGGUAAGCGUCGUAGGGCUCGGGCCACAGCCAGGUGUCAAGAACAUCAACAAGAAAAUGGACUUCGGAAGCGAUGCCGACAUGGACGGACCAUCGCCGUUGUGUCGGAGCAGCUACAAGAGCCGCCACCCGCCGGCGGACUAUAACCUUGUGCAUGAGGUGAAGUACGAGCAGGCGGCCAAAGAGUCGAUGCUGAGCCUGGAGGCCUCAGCUUGCGAAGAGAAAUGCCAAGCUCUGGACUCGAGUUUUGAGUAUGAGGAGUGCAGAAAUAAACGCAGCAAACAUUUAAAAAUUGACACUUCAGAAACUUCAAGAAAUGAAAUUAAACUUCCAGAAAUGUCUGCAUGUGCAGACACCAAGUACAAAUCCGUGUUUGUCAUGUCGGAGGAGAAGGACGAAUGUAUAAUUGCAACUGAGGUGUAACGCAAGCCACCAAUAGGCUGUCCGUUGCUCAUUUGCUCUAUGGGAGAGUUUUUAUACUCCUUUAAAUGCUGCUCUAACCCUUGGGGGAGGUGUCCCGCCUUGAGACUGCUGCUGAUACUGAGACGUUUAACUGAUAUUCAGAGUGAGCUGGUUCUCUACUGGAAAAUAAGUGCAAGCCUGUGGGUUAGGAAUCGGUGGGGCAAAACUUUUUUACCUUUCAAAGCGACCUCAAGCGAAGAUUUUUAUAACGAGAUCAAAAAAUGGACAAACCGUCACGAUAGAGGUGAUGUACGAUAUCUUCGGUUUCGGUUGUAACAGAAAUGUAGGUUUGAAGUUUUUGCAACAUUUGCACCCAGCCCUUUUCUUUUGCCCCACAAGCCGUUGCUGAGCGCAUGAACUGCAUCAAACGGUGGAUGUUUGGCCAUACUGGCCUGUCCUUCACAAGGCUGUUAACAUGGAUUCUGAUCCAAUCUCUAGACCUGUGAGGACUGUACUACGUAUACUAUAUCACUGUGUAAAACUGUGUGUUGUUUCAAAGCCCUCCGAACCAUUUAUGACAUUGUAUUGAUUGUUUUUGGAGAUGAAAACUUUGGGUUAAAAUCUUUUUUUGCUUCGAUACGGAUUCUGUCCAUUUGUAAAAAAUUAAAAAUUAAAAUAAGUUGUAUGAUUAAAAAAAGACGUAUGAUUUAAAGUUGUAUGAUUUAAUUUAAUUUAAUUUAAGGAUUUUGUAUUAUUAUUAUUUUUUAAUUAUAUUGUAUAUUUGCUAUGUUUGUUAUGAAUAUUUAAGUACAUUUUUUAAUGCUGAUAUUUGCAAAGGCACUUCAGGUCAAGGAAUUUGUUUUAAAGAAAUGUUAUUUAAAGUAAGAGGGAUUGUACAACAUUUUAUUAUUGUUACUGCCUCUGCUACUGUUUUUUAAUGAAUAAAUAUAAUUGAAAGUACAA